CCUCGUAUUUUAGUUUUUCUUGGCAUUGAAGAACCCCAGUCAGUUAUAAAGUACAUUGGGGACUUAGAAUAGUACUAGAGUCCAGACAGCCAGUUAUUAAUAACUUCAAUGGGAAUUAAGUUAGGACCUAGAUCACCAUUUGGCCACCCUUUUUGGUCACCAUUCUCGGGAGUGGGAGACCCUUCGAAAUGCUUGGAUGAAUGGAUUAUCAUAGAAAUGUCCAAAUUGAUUAGAUCAAAAACUGAUUGGAAGAUUAAAUACAAAAAUGAAACUAUCGCUAAUAAGUGGAAAGCUGAGCUAAAGCCUCAAUUCACUUCUAAGAUGAUACCAAUUGAUGAAUUAAUCGAGUAUGUCUUCAAAGAACUUGCCUGGUAUGAAUAUCUUGAACAUAAUUUUAAGGGACUCGCAGAUUCUGGCUUCGUUAUUGGAAGCGAUGAUAAAAUCGUGUACAGUGAUAGUGCUAUACCUGAAGAUGUCAAAACUGAAUUGAGAUCUAAUGUAGAGCUGUUUGCCAAAGCUGAGUUUGGCGAUAAACCUGAUUAUCACCCUGGAUCCAACAAUCAAGUGAUUGAUUUGGUACAUCCAUCUUUAUAUCCAUUACAAUAUGGAAUAACCCCUAAAAUUGUAAAACAACAAAGAAAUAAUUAUUGGGAAAAGGAACCCGAAGAGGGGGAGGUCACAAUUGCCGAAUUUAGCGAAGAUAUUGGUAAAGUUAAAACAAAUGUAGAAAAGUGGGCAGUUUCCGAAAAAUUUCAAUGGUUGCCAGCCUUGUUCGUCCGUAAACCGGUUUAUGGAAUGUACGAAGAUGAUGGAAUCCAAUCAUUCGAAAUUGAAUCAUAUAUUAAUAAUUUGCACCCAGAGAAAUAUGGCGAUUUAUAUAAAUCAAUCGAGAAAGUAUUCAACAAGGCACUUCCUGGGUUAAAUUUGACUUUAUCUCGACUUGCCACUGGAACUCCAAAAAGAAUUCAACUUGGUUAUGAUUCGUUUUAUACCAAAGAAUAUCAAGAGAAACUUGAUAAAUUAUUUGAAGAAGAAGAAACAGAAGACAAAUAUGAUGUGAUGGAAGAAUUUGAACAGACAAGGCUUGAUUAUCUUGCGACACGUUCUAUCAAAUAUACAAUAGAUCAUCCAGUGAAUUAUGACUUCAAUUUACUUAAGUCAUUUAGUCAGUUACAUGUAAUAGUGAAGCUUGCAAAUAUUGAAUUGACUCCUUCCAACCCAAAGUAUAAUGGAGGUUCGUGGCAUGUCGAAGGGACCAUUAAUGAAGAUAUCGUCGCAACCAUCUUGUACUAUUAUGAUUCCAGUAAUAUAACCGAGUCUAGGCUUUCCUUCAGGGGUGCAUUUGACGACCCUUACUAUGAACAAGGAGAUACUAUUGGAUGUGAAGCUAUCUACGGUAUGAAAGAUGGUGAACAUGUAAUAAAACAAAUUGGUGACAUUGAAUGUAAAGAAGAUCGGGUAGUUGUUUUCCCGAAUUGGUUCCAACACCAUGUAGAGCCAUUUGAAUUAAAGGACAAGACAAAGAGUGGUCAUAGAAAGAUUCUUUGUAUGUUUGUGUGUGAUCCUUACAAUGACAAAGUUGUCAGUACAGCAGACGUGCCUCCUCAACAGAAAAGUUGGUGGGAAGAUUCCACCCCAAUGGAUCAAAUCUCGAAAACAAACAAGGAGAAAAUAUCAAAGACAAAGGGCGAUAAAUGGCCCAUUGACUUAGAAGAGAUCAAAGUUGUACGAGAUGAGCUCAUGAAGGAACGCUCUGUUGAGGUCCUUGAUGAGGAUUCACACGAUCAUCCAUUCCUCCGAGAGUUCUCAUUAUGUGAACAUUAGAUAAAUUAAAAAAAAAUUUAAAUAAUAUUACUAUAAAAAUAUAUAUGC